AUGCGGCAGCGCCGGCGCUGGGGCUUCUUGAUUCACAGAUUAGUGGUGGUGGGUGUUCCUGCAGCUUCCCAGGGGGCUGAUUUCACACCAGCAGCACACAAUUUCUAAUUUCAUGCCCAGCUUUGCCCAAGUCCUACUUCCCUGUUUCUUGCAGACAGCGGAUCGGGGGCAGCGCUGGUGCCGGCCAGCCCGGACCCUUUGGCUGUGGAUGAGCCUGUGGAGAAGAUGGGCGGUGGAGCUGCAGAGCUGGGGCACAGCCCUGGUUUGACUGGUGGAGCUGAAGAUUUUGGGCAUGCUGUGGGUCCAGACCCUGGAGCUGGGGAGCUGGGGCAGGGCACUGCCCUCAACCUCCUGCCGGCCCCGGAGGAGACCACGCCACUCCUGCCUACGGCCACCGCUGUCCCCAGACCUGAUGCCAAACAAACUUCCCCUGUUAAGAAAAAGCUACCGACUCUAAAGCAAGUAAACACAGGAAGGAAGCACCCAAGGCUGAAGCCCACCCCAGCAGGGCCCCCUGGGACUGCCUCCCCAGCCAGCCCACGGAGCUCCAGACUCCCCACGGCUGCCCCAGGGCUGCGGGUGCCAGCAGAGGACACGGAGCGCAGCCCCUCUGAGCUGCCUUGGGUGGACCAGGCCACCACCAGCCACCCCACGCUGCAGAUCUCCCCUUCCAGCCUGCCCCCAGCCCUCCCUGACAGCACAGGGGAUGCUGGAGAGGCUCCCACCGUGGCUCCAGCUGGCGUUAUCCCAACCAAGGGCGUGGAGAGGGACGCGCACGGCUCUGCACCGGAGGAGAGCCAGGAAACCACAACGUCCACCAUUGUCACCACCACUGUCACCACCACAGAGCCCACCCCAGUGCUCUGCAGUAUGAGCUUCCACGAGCCCGAGGGCUACAUCGACUCCACGGAUUAUCCCCCCCUGCCCCUGCACGGGUACCUGCAGUGCACCUACAACGUCACCGUCUACACCGGCUACGGCGUCGAGCUCCAGGUGAAGAGCGUGAACCUGUCAGAUGGGGAGGUGCUGUCCAUCCGUGGCGUGGAUGGCGAUGCCCUGGUGGUCUUGGCCAACCAGACCCUUCUGGUGGAAGGCCAGGUGAUCCGCAGCCCCACCAACACCAUCUCCGUCUACUUCCGCACCUUCCAGGACGACGUGGUGGGGACCUUCCAGCUCCACUACCAGGUGUUUAUGCUGAGCUGCAACUUCCCACGGAGGCCUGACUUUGGAGAUGUGACGGUGAUGGAUCUGCACUCGGGUGGCAUCGCUCACUUCCACUGUCACCUGGGCUACGAGCUGCAGGGCCCCCGCAUGCUGACCUGCAUCAACGCAUCCCGGCCACACUGGAGCAGCCCCGAGCCCAUCUGCUCAGCUCCCUGUGGAGGGACAGUGCACAAUGCCACCAUCGGCCGCGUGCUGUCCCCCAGCUACAGCGGGAACCAGUCUGGCAGCAUGUACUGUGUCUGGGCCAUCAGGGCCCCCCCCGGCCAGAAGCUGCACCUGCACUUUGAGAAGCUCCUGCUGACUGAGAAGGACAGGAUGGUGGUGUACAGCGGGGACACCAACCGCUCGGCCGUGCUCUACGACUCGCUGCGCGCCGACAGCGUCCCCUUCGAGGGCGUCAUCAGCGACGGCUCCUCCAUCAGGAUCGACUUCCUCGCCGAGGAGCCCGCGGCUGCCACCGCCUUCAACAUCCGCUUCGAAGCCUUUGAGCGGGGCCACUGCUAUGAGCCCUACAUCCAGAACGGGAACUUCACCACCUCUGACCCCACCUACAACCUGGGCACCACUGUGGAGUUCACCUGUGACCCUGGGCACUCCCUGGAGCAGGGCCCUGCCGUCAUCGAGUGCAUCAACAUGCGGGACCCCUACUGGAACGACACGGAGCCACUGUGCCGAGCCACGUGUGGAGGGGAGCUGACUGCUGUGGCUGGGGUGAUCCUGUCCCCCAACUGGCCGGAGCCCUACACGGAGGGGGAGGAUUGCAUCUGGAGGAUCCAUGUGGGCGAGGAGAAGAGGCUCUUCCUGGACAUCCAGCUCCUGAACAUCACCAACAGUGACAUCCUCACCAUCUACGACGGGGACGAGCUCUCCUCCCGCAUCCUGGGGCAGUACGUGGGCAGCAGCGGCCCCCAGAAGCUCUACUCCUCCAGCCCCGACCUCACCAUCCAGUUCCACUCGGAUCCUGCUGGGCUCAUCUUUGGGAAGGGGCAAGGAUUCAUCAUGAACUACAUAGAGGUGUCCCGCAACGACUCCUGCUCUGACCUGCCCGAGAUCCAGAACGGCUGGAAGACCACGUCACACACAGAGCUGGUGAGAGGGGCCAAGAUCACCUACCAGUGUGACCCGGGCUAUGACAUCGUGGGCAGUGACACCCUCACCUGCCAGUGGGACCUCAGCUGGAGCAGCGACCCCCCCUUCUGUGAAAAGAUUAUGUACUGCACGGACCCAGGGGAGGUGGAGCACUCCACCCGCCUCAUCUCGGACCCGGUGCUGCUGGUGGGCACCACCAUCCAGUACACCUGCAACCCUGGCUUCGUGCUGGAGGGCAGCUCCCUGCUCACCUGCUACAGCCGCGAGACCGGCACCCCCAUCUGGACCUCGCGGCUCCCGCACUGUGUCUCUGAGGAGUCGCUGGCCUGUGAUAACCCAGGGCUGCCAGAAAACGGGUACCAAAUUCUGUAUAAGCGCCUCUACCUGCCAGGAGAGUCCCUGACCUUCAUGUGCUAUGAGGGAUUUGAACUGAUGGGGGAGGUGACCAUCAAAUGCAUCCUGGGCCAGCCAUCCCACUGGAGCGGCCCCCUUCCCAUCUGCAAAGUGAACCAAGACAGUUUUGAACACGCUCUGGAAGUAGCAGAAGCUGCUGCAGAGACGUCACUCGAGGGGGGAAAUAUGGCCUUGGCCAUCUUCAUCCCGGUGCUGAUCAUCUCCCUGCUGCUGGGAGGAGCGUACAUCUAUCUCACCAGGUGUCGGUACUACUCCAGCCUCCGCCUGCCCCUCAUGUACUCCCACCCCUACAGCCAGAUCACGGUAGAAACGGAGUUUGACAACCCGAUUUAUGAGACAGGGGAAACACGAGAAUACGAGGUUUCGAUAUAAGGACAGCGGUAAGAGAGUCUCCAGCAGCGAACUUAAUGUGCUCUCAUAGAACUUCCUCAGUAACUAAUCCAGAGACCACGUGGAGUUUGGUUGGACCCCCGGACCUGCUGUUGUCUUUCCUUUUGCCUCUCUAUUGAAGAUUUUACUGUUUUCUUCACUGUAUUUAUUCUAUUUAAACUGCGAUAGGUGUGCUGCCCAGCCCUGGGCACAGGCAGCAGCUGGAGCCGGGGCAGAGCUGGGUCCUGGUGAGGCCAGGGGGGCACGGGGGCACUGCUGUGUCCCCCUCCAUGGCAGAAUGUCCCCCUCCAUGGCGGAUUGUCCCUCGGCACUGCCCACACAGACGCAGGGGGAUUUUUGCGGUUCUGAUGUUGUUAAAAAUUAAAGAUGUCUCCAUUGCAA